CUUGUCUCAAAGACAUUGUAUAUUGAAAGGGAACUCCGUGUUUUCAAAUCUCAAGGAUGGCGUGCUGAGUUGUUGACAGACAUAGGUCACAUUUUAUCAACAACUAUCCAAUAUGGACACAGUUUGUUACAGGUCUAGUCUUUUCAUAGGUUGUUUGUAGAAAAAACUUCCUGAGAGGUUCUUCAGGAAAAAGGCAGAGGCUUUCAACCGAAAGGUUAAAUAUGCUAAACAAAGUUUCACUCAGGUUGCGGCACUACACAAUGUAUUGCCUGGUUCUCUUGAGAAGGAAAAUGUAAACGAGAUGAUCACUCAAGAUAUCAUGGUGAAAGAAGUUGAUAUUGGUUCCGCAACCAAGCGUUUUGAUGUUAAACUACAGUAUGGGCCGUAUGCAAUCGAUUAUUCACGAAACGGCAGAUUUUUAGCCCUGUGUGGUAAGUCAGGUCACAUUGCAGCGUUCGACUGGAUGGUUAAGAAGCCUCUUUUUGAGAUCACUGUCCCUAACGAAUGCAGAGAUGUUAAGUUUCUUCACCAAGAAACGUUCGUUGCCGUUGCAGAAAAAUAUGUUACUAUAUAUGACAAUCAAGGCUUAGAAGUACAUUGUUUAAAAAAACUACAUGGGAUAUUACGAAUGGAGUUUCUUCCGUAUCAUUUUCUUCUUGUGUCUUCUGCUGACAAUGGAUUUCUUUACUACCUAGACUGCACAAUUGGUACAAUUGUUGCUUCAAUACCUACAUAUAUGGGGCGCCUUGGUGUCAUGUGUCAAAACCCUUCCAACGGAGUUAUUUGCACAGGGCACAACGAUGGCGUUGUAUCUAUGUGGGUACCUUCAGAGAAGUCAUACGUUGUCAAAAUGUUCGCACACCCAACUGCCAUUACUUCAAUAGCCUGCGAUCAAACUGGAAGCUACUUGGCAACCUGUGGAGUUGACCGAAAACUAAAGAUUUGGGAUUUGAGAUUCUCCUAUGACCCUCUUUCCGAAAUCUCGCUGUCUAUCUCUGCUUCAACAAUUAAUUUCAGUCAGAAAGGUUUAUUAGCAUUGGGUGCCGCUAAUACCGUACAGGUUUUACGUGAUCCCCAUUCCAUUCCACCGUCCAAUACAUCAAAAAUCUUUGAAAUCAUUUCACCUAAUGUUAACCGACGAGUACUUUCAAAUGCUUAUCUUUCUCACUAUGCUGUUUAUCCAGUUCAUCAUGUACGCUUUUGUCCUUAUGAAGAUGUUUUAGGGGUAGGUAGUUCCGCUGGGAUUUCAUCCAUUCUUUGUCCUGGGAGCGCCGAACCUAAUUAUGAUGCUUUAGAAGAAAAUCCUUUUGCCAAUAAACGUUAUAGGCAAGAAAGGGAAGUUAAACGACUUUUGGAUAAGAUUCCGUAUACAAUGAUUUCAUUAAAACCAAUCGUUGGUGAAGUUCGUCGGGAAGAACUUUUAGAAGAAUGGGAAAAGAAGAAAGCUGCGUUGGUAAGUUAA